GUUUUGUGAUGUGAGUGGUGGUUGUUCAAUUUUAAUAAUUUUUUAGUAAUUUUAACAUUUUAUCAAGUGAUUUUAAUUGCCAUAUUUCGUAUUUUGAUCAGUUUUAUUAUACACAUUUUGAAUCAUGCGUCCCAUAAGUGAAAUUGAAGAAAAUCUGCAUCGGCUAACGUUGAGAGGAGCACCACCCAAUUUUAGGGAACAUCACAACAGCAGCGCUAAUUUAGCAAAAAGGUUGCUAGAGUUGACCAAAUAUAAUGGAUACGAAAUCAUUCAAACAAACGGGCAAAGGGUGUAUGCUCCCCCUGCCUCGCGAAACAUCUCUGUACCUCCAAGGGGAUGUGAAAUCUUUAUAGGCAGGCUCGGUAAAGAUUUAUAUGAAGAUGAGUUAGUGCCAGUCUUGGAAAGAGUCGGACCUCUUUACAAACUCAGGCUCAUGCUGGAUUUUACUGAAAAGACCAGAGGUUAUGCUUUUGCAACAUAUUUCUCCAUUGCUCAUGUAAAUCAAGCCAUUGCUAAGUUGCACAACUAUGAAAUCCGUCCUGGCUUACAUAUUGCUGUUUAUAAAUCUGUGGACAACUGUCGUCUUUUUAUAGGUAACAUACCCCCUGAAAAAACCCAGCUAGACGUGCUGCAGCUAGUAGCGCGAUACGCAGAGGGUGCGUCCUCGGUGGUGAUGUACCAUAAGUACGACCAACCAGAAUUGAACCGCGGCUUCGUGUUCGUCGAGUUUCAGUCGCACCGCGCAGCCGCCAUGGCGCGCAGGCAGUUCGCGCCAGAGAACCUGAUCUGCUGGGGGCGCAAGCUGUACGUUGAUUGGGCGGAUCCGCUGCCGGAGGUGGAUCCUGAAGUGCUGGCCAAGGUCACCGUGUUGUAUCUAAGACAUCUACCCUUGGACUACACUGCAGACGAGGUAUAUACCAUGGUAUGCAACAUUGUGGGUUCCCAGAUUCUCAAGAAAGUGCAUAAAGCCAACAACUUUGCUUUUGUACAUUUCUACGAAAGACGCGAUGCCGAGUUUGCUUUGGAGAGAUUACAAUAUGUGUUCCGGCAAACUGCGGUAGCAAUUGAUGUGGAAUGGGCUCGUCCCAGAGAGUACAGCAAGAAACACCGCCUGAACUCGACGCCGCAAAAUUUCUGCCGUUCUGUGCCUCCUGCCUUGAGACGUCUGGUAUAUGAGCACGCCAACCAACACGCAAGGAGGUCUAGAUACAUUUCAUUCAACACAUAUGUAGAAGAGGCUUCAACAACAACCAGCUCUAUCAACAGCUAUGGACCAUAUGUGGCUUCCCCCCAGCAUGAUAGCAGCGAUGGACCAUAUGUGGCUUCCCCCCAGCAUGAUAGCAGCGAUGUUGAUGGGUCCUCAGAGAACUACUCAUUAUACAACUAUGAGCCAGUUGAAGCAACUUAUAUCCGUUCUUGCCAGAACCAUUACAACUUCGCAGGCUAUAGGAGUAUGUAAUUUUAUUCUUUAUUUUAUAUAGUAGAAUUAUUUUAGGUCAACGUAUUUUUUUUUAUAAAUAUAUCCUUAAUAUAUCCUCUUUAUAGUAUAGAAUAUAGUGU